AUGUCAAAUAAAGUAUGUGCAGAAAAUGGCAGAAAAGAUGUUAUCCAUCCACAUUCUCAAAUGCUUCAGUACCAGGUUCAAAUUCCAGAACUUCCUCAUUCGAAAUUCAGUUUUCGAAAAUUAUGGGCUUUUACUGGUCCUGGAUUCUUAAUGAGUAUAGCUUAUUUGGAUCCAGGAAAUAUUGAGAGUGACUUGCAAUCAGGAUCUCAAGCUCAGUACCGUCUUUUAUGGGUUCUAUUCUCAGCGCAUAUUAUUGGUUUCUUUCUGCAGAGAUUAUCCGCUCGCUUAGGUGUUGUUAGUGGUAGGCACAUGGCAGAGGUAGCAUAUGAAUAUUAUCCGAAAGUCCCAAGAUUCUUUCUAUGGAUUAUGAUUGAAAUAGCAAUUAUUGGAAGUGAUAUGCAAGAAGUUAUUGGAACAUCAAUAGCUUUCUACCUUUUAUCCAGAGGCUUUAUUCCAUUGUAUGCGGGUGUUCUAAUUACUGUGCUGGAUACAUUCUUGUUUCUAUUUUUGGAUACUUAUGGUUUUCGGAAGUUAGAAGGCUUUUUUGCUUUUUUGAUAACGAUUAUGGCUGUUACUUUUGGUUAUGAAUAUGUAAUAGUAAAGCCAAAUCAGCUAUCAGUUCUCAAAGGUAUGUUUUUACCAUGGUGUGAAGGUUGUGGACGUAAUCAGUUUUUGCUUGGUGUCAGUAUUGUUGGCGCCGUCAUAAUGCCCCAUAAUUUAUACCUUCAUUCCGCACUUGUCAAGAGUCGUAAUGUGGAUAGAAAGAAGAAAGCAAACGUUGAGGAUGCUAAUUUCUACUAUUUCAUUGAAUCCGGUAUUGCAUUAUUUUGCAGUUAUGUAAUUAACGUAUUUGUUGUUGCUGUUUUUGCUCACGGAUUGUAUAACAAAACGAAUAUAGAAGUGAGACAAAAUUGUGAUUUACGAGAGGGUAUUAUGGAUGUUGAUACAUUUCCUUACAAUAAUAAUACAGUGGAAUCUGAUUUAUACAAGGGUGGUAUAUUUCUUGGUUGUGAGUUUGGUCUUGUCGCACUUUAUGUUUGGGCAGUUGGUAUUUGGGCUGCUGGUCAAAGUUCUACAAUGACCGGUACUUAUGCUGGACAAUUUGUCAUGGAAGGUUUUUUGCAAAUUCGGUGGUCUCGAUGGAAACGAGUUUUACUUACACGUACAAUAGCAAUUGUACCAACAUUAUUGUUUGCAGUAUAUUUCAACAAUAUACAUGAUUUAACAGGAAUGAAUGAUUUAUUAAACUGUGUACAAAUGCUACAAUUGCCAUUUGCAUUGAUUCCAAUGAUAACAUUUACAUCUAGUACGAAAGUCAUGCUUGAUUUUCGAAGUUCAAGGUUAUUUCAAAUACUGGCCUUUUUUGUAUCUUGUAUUGUAAUUAUUAUUAAUCUGUAUUUCUUUGCUGAUUACAUAACUGGACAACUAGGAAACGAUUGGUAUGUUUGGGUGUUGCUGUUAAUUCCAUCGACUGGAUAUUUUAUAUUCGUUUCUUAUCUGGUAUGUUGA